AUUUCCAGCACAACUCUAUCCUACAAUUAUUUCAGAAGGUAAGCAAACAUGAUAGACCCGGCUGCUGCUGCUUCAGCUACAUCUACUGCUAACAGGGUGGAGAAGAAAUUAGGAGAAAGAGAGGGCUACUCAUUUUGGAUCGGAACAUUCUUUAUUGUGAGCAAUAUGGCAGGCAGUGGAGUACUUGUUUUACCUAGAGCUUUAGCAGAUACCGGUUGGGGUGGAAUAGUGUUUAUAAUAUUGUGCUGCUCAGCUUCAUUGUAUGCUGGAUUAUGUUUAGCUCGUUGUUGGAACAUUCUUGAAGAAAGAUAUGUCGAAUUCAGAAAUGUUAGACACAGGAAGCCAUAUCCAGCCAUUGCUGAAAAAGCAUAUGGAGUACACAUGAGGAACUUCUUGUCUGUUGUUUUGGAGAUCAAUUUUUUAGGUAUUUCAAUAGUGUAUCUGUUACUUCCAGCCGAAAUGAUAGCCAAAUUGAUUCCAUCAUCAUGGGGAAUACCUUUCUGUUAUUGGAUUCUUAUUUUAGCAGCCGUAAUAUGUCCCAUGAUGUGGUUUGGGACACCAAAAGAUUUCUGGAUAGCUGCUGUUUUGGCCCUUGUCACUAUCAUCGGAUCUAUCAUUAUGCUGCUUGUAGCUAUUGCAAAACAUGCCUCAUCGACUAGUUUGAAAGUAACCCACAAAAAUCCUACUUUUCUAUCUUUUUUUUUGUCUAUGGGAUCAAUAUUCUUCUCAUUUGGUGGGGCAGCUAGUUUUCCGACUUUUCAAAAUGAUAUGAAGAACAAAGAUGCAUUUCCGAGGGCUGUCAUAACAGGCUUUACUAGUACGUAUAUACCAUAUUUUCAUAUUUACGUAUAUUCUUUCUUAUUACGAAAAUGGAGACGAGAGUAG